AUGGAGGAAUACACUUACAGGAAUCAAGAUAUGUGGUGGGAGAGAGAAAACUCGGGCCAAUAUCAAUAUUAUAAUGAUAUCUACUAUGAGUUAUAUAAUGCUGAUCCAUAUGAUGAUGAUUUUUGGAGGACUGACGAUUCAACUCAAAGCCAACACCAUGAAUCACCUUAUUUUCUAGAGGACCAAGAAUCAAAUGAAUCUUCGUUUAGCAAGAAGUUGGAUCAAAUGUUGGACAUGUUGAAUGAAAUCUUCAACAAAGAAGAAGACAACUCCAAGUCAAUUCCAGUUAUUGAGAAACAAUUAGAACAUAUAGCUGAGCAACUAAAUCAACAAUUUUCAAACAGUCUUUCGGACACUACGUUGGUGAAUAAGGAAACUUUUCCAUGUAGUUAUAAAUUAUUUAAUAACAAAGUGUAUAAACUUACACCACCCGAACUAGAGCUUGUGGUGGAGGAUUAUGUAUCUUUAAAUAAUCAAGAGACUGAAAGUAUUUCUGAAAUUAAAGAAGUUGAAAUUGAAUUGGAUAAGUAUAAUGAAGAUUUCCAUGAGUUGAAGAGUCCAAAGUUGGGGAGGGGUUUGUGGAGGCCAAUACCAUCCCCUAACCAACAAUUUUGA